AUGCAUCUGCCAUAUUAUUUAGUUUUGCUUGUGUUGCCGCUGUACGUCGCGCAAAUAACGAUAUCAAACGAUCAGUCAAUACAGGGAAGUGAGGGCAAAAUAAUGAUUGUGGCUGAUAACAGUGAAGUAAAUGAAAAACGGUACCAAUGUGAGGUGUGCGGUGUGCUACUCGGACGUUUAGGAACCUGGAAUCUGAAGAGACACCAAUUGACGCACGAAGACGAACGACUAUUCGAAUGUCACGUGUGCAAUAAAACAUUCAAAGAGUGCUGCAAACUGAAGAGACAUAAAUUGACGCACGGAAAUGAACGACCAUUCAAAUGCCACUUGUGCAGUGCAGCAUUCAACGACCCCAGCAGUCUGAAAAGACAUCAAUUAACGCACGCAAGCGUACGGUUAUUCAGAUGUGAAAAAUGGAUUAUUGAAUGCUUUGAAAAUCUGUUUGCUAGUGGCGAAGAUUUAUACGAAGAAUGCUUAUUCAGUGAAGCAAAUAGAAAAUUUUGGAGUGUAGUAAGUGAAAAUUAUUGUGGAAAAGAUUGGGGCUUCGUGAUUACAUUUGGUCAUAGAUCAUGCGGCUUACCGGAAUGCAUAAAACGGUUGUCUCUGUUAGUGCGACAAAUAUCACUUCAUUGGAUUGGUUGCCUGCUAAAAAUAUUUUUCGAAAAGACUUUGACGAUUUCCACACUUCUCGAUCAUGUAUCUGUCAUAUUAUUUGGUGCUGUUUGUGUUGCCGCUGUAUCAAACGAUCAGCGAAUACAAGAAGGGAUAGAGAAUGAGGGGAAAAUAAAGUCUAUGGCUAAUAACAGUGAAGCAAACGAAACACGGUACCAAUGUAAGGCAUGCGGUGUGUUAUUCGGACGUUCAGAUACUCUAAUAAACCAUAGGAUGAUACAUAUCGAUGAAAAAAAUUACAAAUGUGAGAUGUGCAAUAAAACUUUCGAUCGGUCCGACAGUCUGAAGAGACACCAAUUGAUGCACAGAAACGAACGACCAUUCAAAUGUCACGUGUGCAAUAAAACAUUCAAAGAAUCCAGCAAACUGAAGAGACACAAAUUGGCGCACGGAAACGAACGACCAUUCAAAUGUCAUGUGUGCAAUGGAACAUUCAAAGGACCCUGGAAUCUGAAGAGACACCAAUGGACGCACGAAAAUGAACGACCAUUCAAAUGUCACUUGUGCAGUGCAGCAUUCAAAGACUCCUGCAGUCUGAAAAGACACCAACUGACGCAUGGAAACGAACGACCUUUCAAAUGUCACGUGUGCUCCACAACAUUCAAAUACUCCAGCGUUCUGAAGAGACACCAAUUGACGCACGAAAACGAUCGACCAUUCAAAAGUGAAAUGUGUGGUAGGAAUCUCACUGCGAUAGGAUGUUUGAAUAGACACAUGAAAAUACAUAAAAGUUCGGAUGAAAAGCUAUAUUCUACGAAAAACUCCUUAAUGAUAUCGAUAGCAGAUGAUAUCAUUGACACCGAAAUAUUUAUAAAGGAAGUAAUUGGAUUCGCAAAACAUUAA